GGUCCAACUAACUACAAAAGUUGGGUCAAAGGUGAAUUGUACAACAUUACAAAGAAUUAUGAUAUUUAUUACCAACCAAAUUUUGUUAUAAAUAAAAAAACUACAAUUCCAUGGUGUAGUGAACGUUUUGAUAUUUUUGAGUUUAGUAAAGCGGCAUGUUUAUUACAAAUAUAUUUAAGCGGAUCAGGAUUAUAUGUUCUUCCUGACACAUAUUUGAUUUUUUAUCAAUAUAAUAAAGCUUCAUAUUUAUUACAACAAGACGAAAAAACAUUCGAGAAAAUGAUAAAAAACAGAAUGUAUUUUAAUUUUUAUCGUGAAACUUGCAUUAAUUAUGCACGUGCAAUAGAUUCUUUAGGUCAAUGGAAUUCACUUAAAGCGAAAAAUAUUAGAAAACAUUAUAAAUAUUUUUGA